AUGCCUAUAAUCCUUUCACAAAUGAUCCAGUCUAAAUUGCACAAUAGCAAUGAUCAAGCAAGAAAUUUGAUCGAUUUAAUAGAGUAAGAGUAAUCUCAUAGAGAUGUUGAAGAAGAUGAAUUUUAUCAGCAGUAUUACAAUGAAAGACUUUACUAGAUGAAUAAUUCCUUCCUACAGUAAACCCUAACUUCAGAGCAUAUGCCUCAGCCUAAGUUGUCUAGAGAUUCAGCAGUUAGUAAAAAUUUCGCUUUGACAUUCAAUGCUAUCGUCUCUGAUUCUGAGAGAGACUAGUCUAUAUUAUAUGUUAUUGCAGGUGCUCCAAAUACAGGGAAAUCUACUUUUAUUAAGCAAUGCAUCUUAAAGCAGUGUGAUAAAAUAUUAUCUAAAGAUACAAACAAAAGUAGCACUUAAAUAAGCACACCAUUUUAUAUCGACUGCAGAUCUAUUGUUAAUAUCAAUGUAAACUCGCAAGUAAAAAGAAAUAUUCAGCAAAAAGGAUUCAUCAAGUAUAUGAUUGAACAAUAAGAGGCGUAAUACUCUAAGCUACUCAUCGAAGAAUAUGAUAGCAAAAAUCUUCUUGUUUAUAUUGAUGGGAUUGAUUAGAUUGGGCAGUUUAAAUAUCAAGUGCUACAAAUAAUCAGAGAUCUACUCUAAAAUAAGCAAUUGAAUAAUGUAGUAAUUUGUUUAAGGCAUCUAUUGCUAAGUCAGUUAAAAGGACUUGAUAAAAUAAAGAUAUUCUAGAUGCAAAUGCCUUUUGAUGCUUUGACAGUGAAUAACAUGAGAAAGUAAAUGAACUCAGGCUAAUUCGAAAAAUUUAAUUAGUUUCAAAAAGAUGUAAAGAUAAUUUAAGAUGAAUCAGAUUUACAAGAUAUACUCACAAUUUGUCUCCCUGCAAUUGCAUUUGAAGCUCUUACUAGAAAUUUAAAAGAUUUUUCUGAAGUAGACUUUCAUAGACUUUAGAGAUUUAAUAACUGGAAAAAAUUCUUAAAAACUAUCGGAAAACCCUCUAUAAAAGAUUGCUAGAGAUUAUUAUUCAGUAUGAGUGAGUAAAUCUGCACAUUUUUGGAUGCUAUGAACUCAUUUAUGAUUAAUUCUACACUUGAUAUGAACAGAACAACUCAUAUGCUGUCAAAAAAUGCUUCGAAUAAAGUUCUCAUUAAAAAUAAGUAAUCUUUAAAGGAUAAAAUUCAAGAGGGUAAACCUUACAUGAUUAAUGACUAUCUAAAUAACUCAGGAUACUCUUUUAUUUCAGAGACCUCAAACGAAGAUGCUAAGAUAGAAACAGAUAAAGAUUUAAAUUUAGAUAUUGGUAUAAAUUAUGCUUAUGAUACUAAAUUUCCUACACCUUAAAGACUAUCACUGACUUAGAUGCCUACACCUCAAGAUAUAUAUCAAAGAGCAUUUAUGGACAAUAAUCCAAAUAAUAUUUUACUACAAAGUUUCGUUGUUGAACCAAUUUCAAAAGAAUACAAUUCUAGAAACCCUGGUAUAGUUGCUGUCGAGUCAUGUUUGAUUGAAGAAAAUGAGGAGGCAAUUACUAAUAAGCCUGUAAUUGGUAAUCAUGGUAUCCAAGGAAUCACUUAGAGUAAUCUCAACAUCAUCAAUUAAGAGGUUACAGUUAUCAAUAAAAAGAAGUUACAAUUCAAACAAAACCCUAGCAAUUUACCCUCUCAUAGAGCAUCUGGAUAUAUUAAUGAUAGACAUCUUCGAGAUCAAGGGUUACACAAUAGGGAUGAGUCAACUGCUACUCUCUUAAUGGAAAAAUCUCCUGUUUCAACUUAAAGAAGCAAAAUUAAUCUAAAUGCUCUAAUGGAUGCCUAUAAUAACUUAAAUAAGCAUCCAUCAGUACUAGCAUUUAAUCAUAAAAAAUUAGAUGAUGAAAAACUUAGAUUCAAUCUCAUGAUGAAUAAUCAAAAUCUGCUGCAGUAGCUAAAUAUGGUAAACCUUCCUAUUUCAGGUAGAGAGAGUGCUCUAUCAUUGAAUCCUUAUGCUUAAGGGGCUAUUGAUUUCGAAGACGAAGAAGGAAAUAUCAAUAGAUUUUAAACUUUGAGAUAUCUUGAAAAACUUUUAGUUAUUAGAUCUAUCAAGAAAUAAAUCGAUUAUGUUAAGAUAUACCUUGGGCUUAUGAUUUCAAACACUAAAUCCAUAUUUAUCUUAAAUAGAGCUUUAUCCAUUAUUUAGAGAUUUUCUGAUGUAAUCACAUAACAUUCAAAGCUCUUUAAAUUAACAUUGAAAACUAGAGAUGACUUAAUAGAAUUAAAAUACAAGCUAUUGCUUAAAGAGGACUUCUCUUUUCUAAAAGUUAUGCCUACAGCAGAUAUAAUGAGGCCUGUUUUAUUGAUCUUGCAUAAAGUUAUUUAAAAGUUAGAACCUAAAAGCAUUUAAGAAGAUCAGUUGAAUGAUUUCAUUCUAAUAAUUGACAUUGUUUAGGAUUUCACUACAAAUCAGGAACUGUAUAAGCUUAAAUCAAGAAAAGAACAUUAGAUUAUUUUUGACAUUAGCGGAGAAACAAAUAAUUCUACAGUAUCCAUAGCUUCUUCAGCCACUAAAAGCACAAGUAAUAACAAGAAUAGUCUAUUAUCUCCUACAACUCCUUCAAAGUUAGAUAGAUUUAGUGUUGGUACAUAAUCCUCAUAAUCUAAUAACUUUAAUAAUUCAAAGCUUUCCUCAGUCUCUAAAAGGACUAUAAAUCUUGAUAAGGCAAAUAACAUUUAAAAAAUGUCAUUUCAAUAGCAAUAGAAUCUCAAAAAUAGAUCAUAGUCAUCUUCAAAUACAUAUAGACAAGGAUUGACAGUAAGAGAUCAAAGCAUCUUAUUUUCCCCUACUUCAGCCAAGGGAAAUAAUGAUGAGAAGCAAAGAGAACUGAAAUGGAAGGAAAUUCUACACAAGGAUAAGAAAAUAGUGGAGGAAACUGCCAUCAAAUUGAUUUCAAUAUUCAUUGAGUCUGAUGAGUAAAUAAACAAAAAUAAAACUGAGAAGUUCUAAUUCUAUGUUAAACUUAUUGAUAUAUAAGUCUUGAAAGAUUUACUCAUGAGAUUUGGAUUUCUAUCAGAGUAGUCAUUCUUGACCUUGAUCGACACAUCCUAGAAUAUUCCUAAUGAUACUAAAAAAGAUACUAUACUUUUAAGAAUAGAUAAAAAUAUAGCAAAGCAUUAUGCUCUAAAAUAACUAACUGACUAGAACUUAGAUUAAGAAAAGAUUUGCAAAGUCAUCAAAUCUUUCUAACUGAGCUUCAACUAGAAUGUGAUCAAUUUGAAUUCUCAAAUUUUAAAGAUACUCUCCUACUUUGUGGAUGACUCUGAUAGUAAAGUGCAAUUAGCAGCUCUUUAGACACUUAAUGAGAUUUUGAGCUAUUACAGCAAUUUAGAGAUAACUUAUGUAAUUACUGAUGCAUAAAGUCAAUUAGCCGCUGUGCCUCAUGUGCUCAAAGACAGAAUCUAAAUGUUUAAUUCAGAUGAUUAGACCUCGUACGAUCUUCUCUAAUGUUAGAUCAUCAAAGAAUAAGUGAGAUGCUGCAGUUUGCUCUAUUUGAUAUUUGAUAGUCAUAAGAAAUUCGGACAAAAUCAAGCUAAAUUCCAAAAUGUUGUUGUAGAAAAUCAGAAUUCAGAGUAUUUCAUGGACAGCUUAGAUCAUUUAGUUAGCGACUACAUUAUCAAAAGUUUUUUCAGCAUUCAAAAACACUCAGUUCAAGAAAUCGUUAACUUCAUCAGUUUGCUUGCAGCUGAUGUUAACCCUACUAACAUUUAGCUGACUAAACUUAUACUUCAUAUAAUACUGAAAAUCAUCGAUUAUGUGAAUGAUAACUCCUAGAUUUAAGUUAUCAAGACAGUUGUUUGGAAAGUAAUCAUCAGUUUCUUUGAAGAUAACGAGAUAAAAUAAGUAGCAUUCGAUAUAGUUUGCUCAUCAAUAUCACUAGCUCAUGAGCUGAAUAAUCUGAUUCAGAGUUUCAUUAAUAUAAAUAAAAACCAAAACAGCUCAGAACUUAUUGUUCUUCUGAGUUUUAAACAGUUACUAAAGCACAUUAGUAUUAAAAGAACAAAAUUAGAAUGGGAUUUAUCCUAAGCUUAAAUGUCAUACAGAUAAUCAGUUAAUUCUGGAGUGGGUAGCGUUCAUGAGAAAUUGCUAGACACCAGUAGCUACUUAAAUCAAGACACUCUCAGAAGAUUUGAAUUAGGAUUAUCUGAGUAAAAAUCGAAGAGAAAGAUUCCAAUGAUCAACCAAAGCCUAAAGAAAACUUAAAUAAACAUGAGUAAAUUAGUUGAAAAGCAAUCUAAACUUAGCAUUGGAGUUAGAAGUGCGAAUAUUAAAUUAAACCCAGCACAGUCAUAGCCAAAGUCGAAGCAGAGCAGUGAAUUAAUAUAGAAGAUAUCGUAAAGUAAAAGCCAGACAAAAGAACCAUAGAUAGUAAACUUUUAGAUUUAAAACAUCAAUCAGUCACUCUACAUUGACUUAAACAGUGUUGAUCUUAGUAAAAGAUUAGAAAAUCUGAGGGUAAUUGAGAGUCAAGUUAAGGCUUUAAUAGAAUCAUUAAAUAGUGGUGUAAGAUAGCCCUACAGUCCUGAUAAUAGAAAUAACUAAAAGUACUAAGACAUUACCAUUAAGGAAAAUAACUUGAUUCUCUCUCUAGAUCAACCUACACUCGUACCAUAGUAUAGAUCAUUAAUGGCAUCCCCAACUUAGAAAAAUAUGAAAAGAUCUGGAGAUUUAGAUGAUUUUCCAUUGGCGAAUCAAACUGCUAAAAGAAAGAAAGAAGCUCCUAAAACUGGCAACUUAGCACAAUUUAAAAGAAGAAGUGGCUCAUCAACAAAUAUGGGUGUGAGAAAGUUUGAUUAGUCCUUUGACAAGGGAUCAGGCUAACUAAGUAUUAAGUAGGAAAUUGAUUUUAGAGAUAUGGAUAGAUUAAAGGAGCCUUCAUUACAGAUCUAGAAAAGUGUAAACAAGCCAAGUGAUCAUAUUGUUUCAACCAAAGUAAUGCUGUCUUAAUCAUAGCCUAGAAAGCAUAAGGUGUUUCUUAGGAACAUGUAAAAGUACAUGAAUCCUAACAUGAAUCUUCACAUUAAUAUUUAGCAGGCUGAAAAAUCUCCAAAAAGGAUAAAUAUCCAAGAUGGAUCAGUGUCUCAAAGGAAAUAGAAAUCUCCAAAUCAUUUGAAGUCUAAUAUUUCAACCUAAAAUUCAGUGAAAAGGGAGCCAACUCCGACAAAAUCUCAUAGUAAAAUGGAAUAGACAUAUAAAAGUAAAAUCAUAGUUCACAGUCAGCAGUAGUCUCAAAUGAAUCAAAUACUUUCUGCCAAUAAAAAUAAUCAGUAGAAACCUGUUGAAGAGAGUAAGGUUCUGAAUGUUAAGGCAAGCAAUCCUCAUGAAAGGUAAAAAGUGUAUACAACUUUCUAAAAAAGAGAUAUGAGUUUCGAGGUGUCUGUUUCUGCUAGAGGGAAAGCAGAGUCUUAGUAUCUUGAAAAUGGAAAGUACUUGACAACUUAGGAACAGCUGAUAAAUGAUGGACAGGAAGAUGGAUCGAUUCGAGGAAUCAAUUCAAAUUAGUAGAGAGAGCAUAGAUAAUCAAACUAUUCUUCUGAGUUUUCUGGAGUCAAGUUACAAUCAAAGAUCAACUAAUUCUAGUAGAUAUCUAGAACUAAUAAUGUCAACAGAUUGCAAUCUUCCGCAACAUAAAAAGGAUUUAUGAGUCACGAUGUUUAUGAUUCUAGCUCCAAAGUUUUUGAUUCCCCAUAAAGUUAUGAUGAGCUAAAUUAUGUAUCACCACAGUUACAAUCAGUGAUCAAGAAAAUGGAAAUUUACAAUUCUCUGUUUAAUCCUCCUAAACUUACCAAAGAACUACUUAAAGUUCUACAAGAUAACAUUGUUGGAUCUUUCCAGGACAAGUCACUUUAGUAAGAUUUAUAUUUGUAAUAUAUUAGACUCUUUGAGAUUAUGAUUGAGAAUUUUAUUCUUGAUGAAGUCAAAGAUACAUAAAUCGAAAAAGUGAUUGAUGGGAUCUCCGAAGCUUCAAUCUCUCUUCUAGUUAAAACGUUUUAAUUGAUAACAAAUGAAGAUGAAGUACUUAUCAAGAUACUCUACAAGCUAGAAAUACUUUUGAACUAUGAUUCCCCUGAGAACUCAUAAAAGUCUUAGAUUAUUCGUUAAAUUGGCUAGAAAAUUAUUAAAGGUCUUGAAGAUGCCAAAGUAAAUAUUUACUAAAAUACAGAAUAGUUUAAACAAGUACUUAAUCAUUUUGUAUUUGCAGAGAAACUUUAAUCAUCUAGUAGAUUAAACUAGGAUGAACUGACUCUUAUCCAAAGCUUUUGUAUUAACUCUCUAAUUACAUUCUUUCAAGUGAAAAAGAAAGCAAAUGUCUUCUAUGUAAUGCCCAAUGAUGUAUUUGAAUGGUUAUUUGUUGACUAAGAAUAUAAGAGUGGAAUGGUGAAAUCUAACUAUGAAAAUGUGAUUGAUUGUCUAAUGGAGAUUUUCAAAUAAAUGAAUAUAUUCUCGAUCAAUCAACUAGAAAUAAACAACGAUUAGAAUUGA